GCGGCUGCUGCGGAGGUGGGUGAUGCAGGUUUCCAUCCCUGAGACAUGACCAUGCAGCUAAGCCCAGCCCUGGUGCUAGGGGUGGCCUUGUGUCUGGGGUGUGGCCAGCCCCUGCUGCAGGCCCCUGAACGCCCCUUCUCGGUGCUGUGGAACAUACCCUCAGCACACUGUAUUGCCCGCUUUGGUGUGCACCUUCCACUAGAGGCCCUGGGCAUCACAGCCAACCGUGGCCAGCGUUUCCAUGGCCAGAACGUCACCAUCUUCUACAAGAACCAGCUCGGCCUCUAUCCCUACCUUGGGCCCAGGGGCACAGCUCACAAUGGGGGCAUCCCCCAGGCUGUGCCCCUUGACCGCCACCUGGCACAGGCUGCCUACCAGAUCCACCACAGCCUGGGACCUGGCUUCAUUGGCCUGGCAGUGCUGGACUGGGAGGAAUGGAGUCCCCUUUGGGCUGGGAACUGGGGCCACCGCCAAGCCUAUCCUGCAGCCUCAUGGGCUUGGGCACAGCGGCUGUUCCCCUACCUAGACCCCCAGGAGCAGCUCCACAAGGCCCAAACUGGCUUUGAACAGGCAGUCCGUGCACUGAUGGAGGACACGCUGCAGCUGGGCCAGGCACUGCAGCCCUGUGGGCUCUGGGGCUUCUAUUACUUCCCAGCCUGUGGCAAUGGCUGGCAUGGUAUGCCUUCCAAUUACACGGGCCACUGCCACGCAGCCACCCUUGCCUGCAACACCCAACUGCAUUGGCUCUGGGCUGCCUCUAGCGCCCUCUUCCCCAGCAUCUACCUCCCACCCAGGCUGCGGCUGCCGCCUACUCACCACCAGGCAUUUGUCUGAUACCGCCUGGAGGAGGCCUUCCGUGUGGCCCUCGCUGGGCAUCCACAUCCCCUGCCUGUCCUGGCCUAUGCCCGCCUCACACACUGGAGCUCUGGGAGGUUCCUGUCCCAGGAUGACCUUGUGCAGACCAUUGGUGUGGGCGCAGCACUGGGGGCAGCCGGCGUGGUGCUCUGGGGGGAUCUGAGCUUCUCCAGCUCUGAGGAGGAGUGCUGGCGUCUCUAUGACUACCUGGUGGGCACUCUGGGCCCCUAUGUAAUCAAUGUGACCAGGGCAGCCAUGGCCUGCAGUCACCAGCGGUGCCAUGGCCAGGGGCGCUGUGCCUGGCGAGACCCAGAACAAAUGGAAGCCUUUCUGCACCUGCAGCCACACGGCAGCCCUGGAGCUUGGGAGUCCUUCAGCUGCCGCUGUUACCGGGGCGGGGCUGGCCCUACCUGCCAGGAGCCCAGGCCUGAAGAAGCAGCAUAAAGCACCGGACCUUC